CCGGAAGUACCGGCGGCCGCCCGGCAUGGCGGCGCGGGCGGCGCUGGAGGUGGCGGCGGCGGCGGCGGCGCGGGACGUGGUUCUGUACGAGCACGACCGCGGCCGCUUCUUCCGCCUCGUGGGGCUCUUCUGCGCGGGCCAGGGGCUCUUCUGGGCCUACCUGGCGCACUUCGCCUUCACGGCGCUGCGCCCGGUGCCCGGUCCCGCUGCCGGUGCCGAUGACCCGCUGCGACCCCGCGACAACAAGUGGCGCUUUGGGUUCACGGCGUCCUGCCUCACCGUCGGCUCGCUGACGGUGGCGGCGGGCUGGCUGCUGCCGCUGCGCUCGGUGGCGCGGCUGACGCUGCUGCGGGGCGGCUCCGCCGUGGCCAUCGGGACCCCGGGGCCGCUCGGUAUCGGGCACCGGACGCUGACGGUGCCGCUCCGGGACGUGUCCGGCGCCGCGCACCGGAGCGAGGCGGCGGCCGCGGUGCCCAUCAAGGUCCGGGGCCGCCCGUUCUUCUUCCUGAUGGACAAACGGGGGCGGCUCCGGGAACCGCGGCUCUUCGAUGUCACCGUGGGGGCGGCCAGGAAGCUCUAGGGGACACCGGGGACACCGGGGGGGCAGCGCGGGGACACGGCGGUGCUGGCAGCCGGUGGCACCUCCUGCCGUCUCCUGGCACCCGGUGUCACCUGCGGUCACCCAGUGUCACCAGUGUCACCUCCUGCCCCCACCACGGCUCGGCCUUUGUCCCAGAUUGUCCCCAGCUGUCCCAGGUUGUCCCCAGCUGUCCCCUGUCACCCCCAGAAUAAAUUGGGGACCCCCCCGGCUCUCUGAGGAGGGGAUGUGGGGGGGUCCCCACCGGGAUUUUGUCA